GCAGUGCUCUUCUUUUUUUAAUGUGUGCGCCUUUUUGUUGCCACUCCGGGCAGACUCGGGUGUUCCUCGUGGCUGUCAAACUGAAACCGCUUUAUCAUUAACCCAAAGCAAACAGACAUAGGCUACUAUCAACUUUUUUUUGUAACUUUGAAACUCGGCAGGACAAAACCGAACAACUCCCACCGUUACUUACAGUUGCUCGAAAACUUCAACAAAACAAACAAACAGGGAAAGUGGCGUGAAAGUGUGAGUUUGAGCUCGUGAAUCUCACACCGUGCACCUAACGGAACGUCCAGGUGUAGGAGCGGAGCACGACGAGGUGUAGUCUCCAUUCAUCCUCGCUUUGUGUUGCUGCCACCUGCAAACAUGACGCGGAGGUCCUGCGCGAUCUAUGCGGUGGGGAUCAUCUGCGCGUCCCUGCUGGUCGUUGGGAUUGGCUUAAUCGUGGGUCAAGUUUUCCGCACCUUCAUGCAAGAACGCCUGAAAAAGGAGAUAGUGUUGGUAGAGGGCAGCCGUGUGUUUGAGUCAUGGAAAACCCCUCCCCCUCCCGUCUACAUGGAGUAUUUCUUCUUCAACGUGACCAAUGUGGACCAGUUCCUUAAAGGGUCCAAGCCAGAGGUCACUCAGGUCGGACCCUACACGUACAGGGAGUACAGGUAUAAGGAAAAUGUGACCAUGGUGGAAAACGGCACCAGAGUGUCCGCCUACAACACCAAAAGCUUUGUGUUCCUGAGAGACAAGUCUGUGGGUGACCCAACUGUUGAUAGCAUCACCACUGUCAACAUCCCUGCUUGGGCUGUGAUGGACAAGUUGAAAAAUAAUUUCUGGAAAGCCUCGUUUGUGUCCGUCAUGAUGAACAAUGUGGGGAGCGGCCUCUUCACCACGCGCACCGUGGAUGAGUUGCUGUGGGGCUACGAAGACCCCUUACUGGCUCGCCUUUCUUCCUCCAGUCCUGAUGUGGAGAAAGUCUUUGGCCUCAUGUACAAGAAAAAUGGAACCAAUGACGGGGAGUUUGUCUACCACACUGGGCAGCAGAACUACAUGGACUAUGGCCGUGUCGAAACAUGGAAAGGCAAAAGCCAGGUGUCGUUCUGGACGUCGAACCAAAGCAACAGCAUCAACGGAUCAGAUGGAAGUGCGUUCCAUCCUCUGUUGAACAAAGACGAACGCCUUUACAUCUUCACUCCUGACCUCUGCAGGUCCAUCUACAUGGAGUUUGAAAAAGAGGUAGAGGUGAAAGGAAUCCCGGCCUAUCGCUUCACCCCACCUCGCUCCGUCUUGGCCAGCAAAGAGGAGAACCCGGCCAACGAGGGUUUCUGCAUCAGCCCAAAGGAGUGCCUGGGAACGGGCCUUCUUAAAGUCAGUCCAUGUCGGAAAGGAGCCCCGGUGGUCGCCUCCUUCCCUCAUUUCCACCUGGCAGACUCUAAAUAUGUGUCAGCCAUCGGAGGAAUGUCCCCUCAAAGAGAGCAUCACCAAACCUACCUUGACCUCAACCCGACCACUGGAGUGAUUGUACGUGCAAACAAGAGAGCGCAGGUGAACAUCCUGAUGCACAAAAUCUCUGGAUUCGCGAAAACUAGGCCUUUGAGUGAAAUCAUCUUUCCUGUCAUGUUCCUCAAUGAGAGUGUGGUGAUCGAUGACGCGUCUGCAGCCAGAGUGCACAAGCUGCUCCUCAUCGUCACCCUCGUGUCUAACUUCCCGCUCAUCAUCGUGGGACUGGGCGCCAUCAUGCUCGCCAUCUUCAUCCUCCUUCUGUACCGGGCCCGACAACAGAAGAAUGAAGCUAAGCGCGUUGUGUUUACCAAGGCUCUCUAUGCUACCGCUACUGAAGACGAAACUUCCUACUCCCCGGUCAGCGACAAGGAAAAAGACGACUCGCAAAACGGAACCUACAUCGGUUUGACCGCUAAAGCAGACCCCCAAGCUUGAGGGGAGGGUGGGGGGGGAUAGGGGAGUGUUGGAAGGAGAGACAACAAUCAGAAUUACACACAGGGAUUGUUUUCAGGAGAGGGAAAUCCCCCAUAGAAAACUGUCAAUAUUGCCGCCUUUUUUAAAUUGUAAAUCUAUGAGGGUUGGGGGGUAGAGGGUAGAGGAGAGGAACAUGUUUUUAGUCUGAAACAUACUGAACUGUAUGUUAUUUAAUUUUAGCCAUGGAGGGCUUUCCUUUCUGUCCAGGUAUAGCAGAAAGUUGAUUUAAAGAAAGAAAAAGUGUUAAGUGCUACUUUUUGCUGUUUGCUGAAACCACUUGCUGAUAAUGUAAAAUGAUUGACAACAGGCUUUGCCUCUCUGAUGAGCCCACGUUGUAGAGGUCUGAAACAAACAAAACUCACGAUUUCAUUUGAAGCCUGGGAUUUAAAAAAAAGGUUUUACUGUGUUUUUAUCAAUAUAAGAUUUUUACAUCAGAUUUUUAUAUAACAACUACCAUGUAACAGGACAUAGAAGAUGUUUUUUUAGAUAUUAAAAAAAUGCCAAUAUAAUUUAACGAAUAUACAUCUCAGGGGGGCUCAGCUUAGCUACUAUCAAGAAUGAUUAAAGGAGGAGAGAGGAGGAAAACAAAGGAAGUCUUCUCUGCGUGAGGACAUUUAUUCCCAAUUCAGUAUUACUUUUAUUUCAUUUGCAUUUCAUCCUAAAUGUUACAGAAAAUUUUUUAGGCUCAGUGAUAUUUUGCCUUUCAUACACUGCGUUUAGAGUGAUACCUGUGCACAUCGUUAUCACUGUACCUGAAAAGCCUUCAGGUAUGUUUUUUUUUUUUUUUGUAAAUAAACAGCGUUCUUCUCAGUGUGCGACGGGAAUGAGAAUCAGAGAGGAAAUGUUGUACAUUUUGGAUACUUUGAUGUUUGUAAAAUAAGAAGUUCGUCCCAUUUUUCUUUCUCUCGUGUGUGUAAAUGUUCAUGUAGAAAUGUUAGAAUGAGGAACGUUUAUGUUAGAGCUUCAAAACAGUGCCAUUAUUAUCACCACUUAGGUCAGCCAAGAAUUGAUGGUCGAAACAAUGAUUCACACACUACUGAAUUUAAGUGUUACAGUAUUUUAUUUCCCUGUGUAACUGCUUGUACUAUCUAACAUGGUCAUAUGAACAUGUAACUCAUGUUAUUAUCAUUUCAAAUUGUGCUUUUUUUUGAUGUUGAUGAAGGCCUAACUGUCCUUUUUGGGGGGGGUUGUUUUGGCACCCUAACACAUGACAAACCUUUAUAACAUUGUUUAUAAAAAUGUCUCUUUAAGAUUUCAUUUCAAGUGUCCAUCAUUGCAACUAAAAAUUCACAAGGGGUUAAUAUGAAGAAAUGCUGUAGUUGUGCCUUACAAAGAAUCGAUGUUACUGGAUUUGUUUUGCCUUCACGAUUUUUACAUAUUUUGUAAAGAAAAAAAGGA